AUGUUUAAUGGGAUGAUGGAUCCUGAGAUGAUUCGUCUCGCUCAAGAUCAGAUGAGUCGUAUGACCCCUGCUGAUUUCGCUAGGAUCCAACAGCAGAUGAUGUCGAAUCCGGAUUUGAUGAAGAUGGCAACUGAGAGUAUGCAGAAUAUGAGGCCUGAAGAUUUGAAACAAGCUGCUGAACAGCUUAAGCAUACUAGGCCUGAGGAUAUGGCUCAGAUUGGUGAGAAGAUGGCCAAUGCUUCCCCUGAGGAGAUUGCAGCUAUGCGUGCUCAAGCUGAUGCUCACUUCACUUAUCAGAUCAAUGCAGCUCAGAUGCUAAAAAAACAGGGGAAUGAGCUUCAUAGCAGAGGAAAUUUCAGUGAUGCUGCGGAGAAAUAUUUGCGUGCGAAGAACAAUCUAAAGGACAUUCCAUCUUCUAAAGGUGGAGCACUCUUGUUGGCUUGUUCCCUCAAUCUCAUGUCAUGUUAUUUGAAGACAAAUCAGCAUCAAGAGUGCAUUAAAGUAGGCUCCGAGGUUUUGGCAUAUGAUGCAACAAACGUCAAAGCCCUAUACAGAAGGGGUCAAGCUUACAGAGAUCUGGGACAGUUUGAAGAUGCCGUCUCCGAUCUAAGCAAGGCCCAUGAAGUUUCCCCUGAAGAUGAGACCAUUGCCGAUGUGCUUAGAGAUGCAAAGGAAAAACUGGCGGUGGAGUGCACUGGCAAGGCAUCAUCAAGAGGUGUGGUGAUUGAAGAGAUAACUGAAGACAACACUGUCACUUCUGGAGAAAGUAAAAAGCCGAUUAAAGAGGUUAUUGGGACACAACGAGAAAGCAACAGUGGUGGUCUAAAGACGGAUAUCGAUGGAUUGCAAGCUCUCAAAGAUGACCCCGAAGCAAUCAGAACGUUCCAGAACUUCAUUUCAAAAACUGAUCCAGACACACUUGCUGCUUUGAGCGGAGGAAAAGCUGGAGACAUGUCACCAGACAUGUUCAAAACGGCCUCCAGCAUGAUAGGCAAAAUGUCUCCUGAAGAGAUUCAGAAAAUGGUCCAAACAGCCUCCUCUUUCAAAGGAGACAGCAACCCGUUCGCUUCACCAUCUGGAGAAAACGGGUUUGCACCCACACCAGACAUGCUUAAACUCGCGUCUGAUAUGAUGAGUAAAAUGUCACCAGAAGAGCGUGAGAGGAUGUUUAACAUGGCAUCCUCUUUGAAAGCAAACGCUCCAGUUUCUUCAUCAACAUCAUCUGAACCACCACGAGAAAGUCUAGGAGCUAGUAAUGUUGUAGGUGAAUCUAGCUCUUCAGGUAGCUCCUUCGUGGCUCCUAGAAGCAUGCCUUCUACUCCGCCUGUUGACUUGCAAGAACAGAUGAGGAACCAAAUGAAAGAUCCAGCCAUGCGACAGAUGUUCACGUCAAUGAUAAAGAACAUGAACCCGGAGAUGAUGGCAAGCAUGAGCGAACAGUUCGGAAUGAAGCUUUCUCAAGAAGAUGCUGCAAAAGCUCAGGAAGCCAUGGCUUUUCUUUCUCCUGAAGCUUUAGAGAAAAUGAUGAGAUGGGCGGAUAGGGCGCAAACGGGGAUAGAGAAAGCGAAGAAAGCAAAGAAGUGGUUACUGGGGAAAGGAGGAUUGAUCUUUGCUAUAUGCAUGCUCGUUUUAGCUAUGGUUCUUCAUCGUCUCGGUUAUGUUGGAAGAUAAAAAGGAAGGAAAGAAACAAAGGUCUGUCUUCAAGACUUGAACCACUACGUCAGAGAUAUCGUAGGUUGUAAAACUGUAUAACAUCGACUCACCAACUGUUUUUUUUUUGUUUCUUCUUCUCCUCUCUCGGCUUUGUAACCCCACCUUUUGUCUAGAUUUCUUUCCAGACUAUUGUUUUUUAACUUUUAAUGUUAAAACGGGGGAAAAUAUGUUGUUUUCUUCAUUAUUAUAUGUCGUCUAUUUUAUAAAGCA